GAAGUUAUAAAAUCAAAACAAAAAGGUCACAGUUUCCAGAAAUCUCAGCUAGUGUCUGAUGUAAUAGUACGGCUUGAUAAGCAGGGUUAACACACCACUCUGAUAAAAGAUGGACAUCGGGGAUGUGUUUCGUCGAUUCUUUGGGUUUCCAAACAGAAUUCCUCCGAACUGGCAAAAUAGGCAUCCAAGUGAGGAGGGAGACGAGUACGAUGAUGAUGGCGAAGGUCUUCGCUUUGGAGGUUCAGGUGGACUGAAUGAUGAUGAUACAGGGGCAGGUCACCCCAGUUUUGAAUUUUUUUUUGGCAUCCCCAAUGGAAAAGAAGGUCUGGAUGAUAUGUUUGAACACUUCCAUGGUGAUAUGUGGAGACAAAUGGAAUCCCUUCAUCGCCAAAUGGAAGACAUGAUGAAAGGCUUUGGUACCAUUGACUUUCCAACAGAACCGGACCGUCCGUCUCAGCCAAGCAUUGGGGAUUCUGAUCAGUCUGACGAGAAGCCAAAGAACAAAGGCAACCCCUUCGUUUGGUUUCAUACGCCUUCUCCCUUCUUCGGACGAGGUCCUAACCCAAACCAGAGCCCAAGAGAUUUUAUGCUAAAAGAUGGUAAAGGUGAAGAAGACCAACCAACUGUACCAGCUCAUCCAGAACCAAGAAGGAGAACAAUAUUCAGUUUGCCUUCAUGGAGAAAACCAGAGCCAGAAAAGAAACAAGACACAGAUCUUGAUGGCAAACUAAGUGAGGAACAAAUUCUGUCUCUAGUCCAAAAGCCUCAGUCAGAGCUACGUAGGGUGGAACAACCGCCUCAGCAGCGUCGGCCACAUUUUUUCUCCUCUGGAAGCUCUGUAACCUUCACCACAGUUCAGGGAGCUGAUGGGAAAGUGGAGCAGAAGAAAGUUGUGAGAGACUCCAGUGGCCAUGAGGAAACUACAGUAACGAGAUCGCUAGGCAACCAAUCUCACACGGUCAAAACUGUCACUGAGGGAGAUGGACGGCAAGAGAAACAUGAAACAUUUCAGAACAUGGAUGAGAAGGAUAUGGGACAGUUUGAAGAACAGUGGAGCCAGCCAUCUCAGCGACCUACAAGUCCAGCAGAUUCUCUCAUUGCCCCUACACCAGUGCCAAGAAUAGAUUCCAGAGACCAAGAUCUUUUCUCUCAGUUCUUUGGCUGGAGGGACAAAUAGACAUACUUUUAAACACGCACACACGCACACACACACACACACACACACACACACACACACACACUGACACACCACACACAUAGACAC